CAGCAGCGCCUCACUCGGGCUCCCGCGCAGUCGCCGGUUCACCUGCGCCCGCUGCCGCCCCUCGGUGCGCGCAGGGUCCCCCCGCCGCCCAGUACCCAGGCCCGCGCCGCCGCCCGCUGCCCGCCCGCCCGCGCACCCCAGCGCCACCAUGCAUUCGCUCUUCAAGAAGAGAAACAAAGGCAAAUACAGCCCCAAGGUGCAGACCCGGAGCAUCUCCAACAAGGAGCUGUCAGAGCUGAUCGAUCAGCUGCAGAAGAAUGCCGACCAGGUGGAGAAGAACAUUGUGGACACGGAGGCCAAGAUGCAGAGCGACCUGGCCCGGCUGCAGGAGGGCCGGCAGCCUGAGCACCGGGACGGGGCCCUGCAGAAGGUGUCGGACUCGGAGAAGCUGCUGUACAUGCUGGAGGCGGAUGCGGCCAUCGCCAAGCACAUGAAGCACCCCCAGGGCGACAUGAUCGCCGAGGACAUCCGUCAGCUGAAGGAGCGUGUGACCAACCUCCGUGGGAAACACAAGCAGAUCUACAGCCUGGUGGUGAAGGAGGUGGACCCACAGGUCAACUGGGCGGCGCUGGUGGAAGAGAAGCUGGACAAGCUGAGCAGCCAGAACUUCGGAACAGACCUGCCGCUGGUGGACUACCAGGUGGAGCAGCACAACAUCUUCCACAACGAGGUCAAGGCCAUCGGGCCCCACCUGGCCAAGGACGGGGGCAAGGAGCAGAACAGCGAACUCCAGGCCAAGUACCAGAAACUGCUGGCGGCGUCGCAGGCGCGGCAGCAGCACCUGAGCUCGCUGCAGGACUACAUGCAGCGCUGCACCAACGAGCUGUACUGGCUGGACCAGCAGGCCAAGGGCCGCAUGCAGUACGACUGGAGUGAACGCAACCUCGACUACCCCAGCCGCAGGCGUCAGUAUGAGAAUUUCAUCAACCGGAACCUGGAGGCCAAAGAGGAGAGAAUCAAUAAGCUGCACAGUGAGGGAGACCAACUGCUAGCUGCUGAGCACCCUGGGAGGAACUCCAUUGAGGCUCACAUGGAGGCUGUGCAUGCAGAUUGGAAGGAGUAUCUGAACCUGCUCAUCUGUGAGGAGAGCCACCUGAAGUACAUGGAAGACUACCACCAGUUCCACAAAGACGUGAAGGACGCUCAGGAGCUGCUACGAAAGGUGGAUUCAGACCUGAACCAAAAAUACAGCCCUGACUUCAAGGACCGAUACCAGAUUGAGUUGCUGCUGCGGGAGCUGGAUGACCAGGAGAAGGCUCUGGACAAGUAUGAGCACGUGGUGCAGGGCCUGCAGAAGCGAGGGCAGCAGGUGGUGCCCCUCAAGUACCGCCGGGAGACGCCGCUCAAGCCCAUCCCCGUGGAGGCGCUCUGUGACUUUGAGGGUGACCAGGGCCUGAUCUCAAGGGGCUACAGCUACACCCUGCAGAGGAACAACGGAGAGAGCUGGGACCUCACCGACAGCGCGGGAAACACGCUGACCGCCCCAGCCGUCUGCUUCAUGAUCCCCCCCACCGACCCCGAGGCCCUGGCUCUGGCCGACAGCCUGGGCAGCCAGUACCGGAGUGUGCGGCAGAAGGCAUUCGGGACCAGGAAUGCACUCCAGCAGCGGCAUGAGGUGCUCAAGGCAGAGAACCCUGGAGACGCCUCUGACCUGCAGGGACGGCAGCUGCUGGCAGGCUUGGACAAGGUGGCCAGUGACUUAGACCGGCAGGAGAAGGCCAUCACAGGGAUCCUUCGGCCACCGCUGGAACAAGGCCGGGCUGUGCAGGACAGUGCCCAGCGGGCCAAAGACCUCAAGCUUCCCCUGCUCCCUGAGGUUGGCAGGCCACUGGGGGAGGAGGAUGCCCAGCUGUGGCCAACAGGAGGCCUUUGGUCUCCACAGAACAUCACCAACGAGCUGCUGCAGAUCGAGCCUGAGAAGGCUCACAGCACAGCCGAGUGCGAGGCCUUCGUGCAGGCCCUUCCGGGCAGUGGCAGCACACCCUUGCUGAGGACCCGGGUGGAGGACACCAACCGCAGAUACGAGCGCCUGGUGCAGCUGCUGGACUUGGCCCAGGAGAAGGUUGCCAUUGCCAACCGCCUGGAGAAGAGCCUGCAGCAGGCCUGGGAGGUGCUGGCCACAUAUGAGAACCAGCUGACCCAGGACGACACAGUGCCCGAGAGUGGCCGCGCCCUGGACAGCAAGAGGCAGGAGCUGGCGGCCAUGGCCUCUGAGCUGCAGGCCCAGAAGUCCCUCCUCAGUGAGGUGGAGCAGAACCUGCAGGCCGCCAAGCAGUGCUCCAGCUCCCUGGCCAGCCGCUUCCAGGAACACUGCCCUGACCUGGAGCGCCAGGAGGCCGAGGUGCACAAGCUGGGCCAGCGCUUCGACAACCUCCGCCAGCAGGCUGAGUUCAGGGCCCAGAGCCUGCGGAGUGCCAAGGCUGCCUAUGAUGACUACCGCAGUUGCUGCGACCACAUGCUCCAGUUCUUGUCCAACAUCCCAAGCUAUGAGCCCCAGGAGACAGACAGCCUCAACCAGAUGGAGACCAAGCUGAAGAAUCAGAAAAACCUGCUGGAUGAAAUAGCAAGAAGGGAACAGGAAGUUCAGAAAGUCUGCGCUCAUUCCCAGCAGUACCAGCAAGCUGUCAAGGACUAUGAAUUAGAAGCAGAGAAACUAAGGUCCCUUCUUGACUUGGAGAAUGGAAGGAGCAGCCAUGUGAGCAAGAGAGCCAGGCUCCAGUCCCCUGCUGCCAAAGUGAGGGAAGAGGAAGCGACCCUUACUGCCAAGUUCACCGAAGUUAACGCCAUCAACAGACAGAGGCUGCAGAACCUGGAGUUUGCUCUAAAUCUACUGAGACAGCAGCCAGAGGUAGGAGUGACCCACGAGAGUCAGCAAGGGAGCCAGCCGGGCUCCAGAGCAGAGGAGUCGUGGAAGAUUCGGAAGGAGCUGGACGAGGAGACUGAGCGGAGGCAGCAGCUAGAGAAGGAAGUCAAGAGUGCCCAGGAGGAAAUCCAGAUUCUGCAGAAUCAGAACCCCCAGGAAGCAGUGGUGAGGAAGGAGGUGCUGAAGAAGGUACCGGACCCUGCACUUGAGGAGAGCUUCCAGCAGAUGCAGCGGACGCUGACGGAGGAGCAGCACAAGAACCAGCUGCUUCAGGAGGAGUUGGAGGCGCUGCAGCUGCGGCUACGCGCCCUGGAGCAGGAGACCAGGAACGGCGGGCAGGAGUACGUAGUCAAGGAGGUCCUGCGCAUCGAGCCAGACAGAGCCCAGGCCGAUGAGGUCCUGAGGCUGAGGGAGGAGCUGGAGGAGCUAAGGCGGCAGAAGGGCACCCGGGAAGCAGAGGCGGUCCUCCUGCAGCAGCGCAUCGCGGCCCUGGCUGAGGAGAAGAGCCGGGCGAGGGAGAAGGUCACUGAGAAGGAGGUGGUCAAACUGCAGAAUGACCCCCAGCUGGAGGCAGAGUACCGGCAGCUGCAGGAGGACCAGCAGCAGGAGGGCAAGCACAGGGAGAAGCAGGAGGAGGAGCUGAGCUUUCUGCAGGACAAGCUAAAGAGACUGGAGAAGGAGAGGGCCAUGGCUGAGGGGAAGGUCACCGUCAAGGAGGUGCUCAAGGUGGAAAAGGACAUGGCAGUUGAGAGGGAGGUUGGCGACCUGAAACGCCAGUAUGAGGACGAGUCUGCCAAGGCUCGUGCCCACCAGAGGGAGAAGAGCGAGCUGCUCCGAAAGAUUUGGGCCUUGGAAGAGGAAAAUGCCAAGGUGGUGGUGCAGGAGAAAGUGCGGGAGAUCGUCCGGCCAGACCCCAAGGCAGAGAGUGAAGUGGCCAACCUCCGCCUGGAGCUUGUGGAGCAGGAGCGCAAGUACCGGGGUGCCGAGGAACAGCUGAAGAGCUACCAGGGCGAGCUGGAGGCGCUGCGGAGGCGGGGCCCGCAGGUGGAAGUCAGAGAGGUGACGAAGGAAGUCAUUAAAUACAAGACUGACCCUGAGAUGGAGAAAGAGCUCCAGAGGCUCCGGGAGGAGAUCGUGGACAAGACCAGACUCAUCGAAAGGUGUGAUUUAGAGAUCUACCAGCUGAAGCAAGAGAUCCAGGCUCUGAAAGACACUAAACCCCAGGUACAGACCAAGGAGGUAGUCCAGGAGAUCCUUCAGUUUCAGGAAGACCCCCAAACCAAAGAGGAAGUAGAGUCUUUGAGGGCCAGACUAUCAGAGGAACAGAAAAAGCAAGUGGACUUGGAAAGGGAGAGGGCUUCCCAAGAGGAGAAAAUCAAACAGAAGGAGGAGGAGCUUUCCCAGGUGAAGGAAAAGGUGGUCCAACAGGAGGUAGUCAGGUACGAGGAGGAGCCGGGCUUGCGAGCUGAAGUGGACGCCUUCACCCAGAGCAUUGAUGUGGAGCUCCGGCAGAUCGACCACCUGCGCGGGGAGCUGCGGCGGCUACAGCGCAGGCGGGCCGAGCUGGAGCGGCAGCUGGAGGAGCUGGAGCGUGAACGGCAGGCGCGCAGGGAGGCCGAGCUGGAGGUGCAGCGCCUGAAGCAACGGCUGGCCGACCUGGAAAAGGAGGAGGGGGAAGCCCAAGAGAAGGUGACCCACAAGCAGAAAGUGGUGCUACAGCAGGACCCCCAGCAGGCCCGGGAGCACUCCCUGCUCAAGCUCCAGCUGGAGGAGGAAAGGCACCGGCGGCAGGUCCUGGAGAGUGAACUGGAGACCCUAAAGAAGAAGCUCAUCAACCUGGAGAAGAUGGAAGUCAAGGAAAAGGUGGUCUUCUCCGAAAGCAUCCAGGUGGAGAAAGGUGACACUGAACAGGAAAUUCAGAAGCUCAAGAGCAGCCUGGAGGAGGAGAGCCGGAGCAAGAGGGAACUGGACGCCGAGGUGGGCCGGCUGGAAGCCAAGCUGUCAGAACUGGAGUUCCACAACUCCAAGUCGUCCAAGGAGCUGGACUUUCUCAGGGAAGAAAACCACAAACUACAGCUGGAGCGGCAAAACCUGGAGCUGGAGACCCGGAGGCUCCAAACGGAAAUUGAAAUGGCGGCGACGGAAACACGGGACCUGAGAAACAUGACCACAGUGGACUCUGGGACAAACCUCGACUCCAGACUAUGGUCCCUGGAGAGAGAGCUGGAUGACCUCAAAAGGCUCUCCAAAGACAAAGAUCUUGAGAUCGACGAGCUGCAGAAGCGCCUGGGCUCUGUGGCCGUCAAGAGGGAGCAGAGAGAAAACCAUCUGCGGCGCUCCAUUGUGGUCAUCGACCCUGACACAGGCCGGGAGCUGUCCCCAGAGGAAGCCCAUCGGGCUGGCCUCAUCGACUGGAACAUGUUUGUGAAACUCAGAAGUCAGGAGUGCGACUGGGAGGAAAUAUCAGUCAAGGGUCCCAACGGGGAGUCCUCCGUGAUCCACGACAGGAAGUCUGGCAAGAAGUUCUCCAUUGAAGAGGCCCUACAGAACGGGAGGCUGACCCCUGCUCAGUACGACCGAUAUGUCAACAAGGAUAUGUCCAUCCAGGAGCUUGCCGUUCUGGUAUCUGGGCAGAAGUAGGCACAGCCCUGCCCCUCAGUCCCGUGGAAGCUGACGCUGGCUCUCUCCUACCCCGUACCUUCUUCUCCCUGGCCCUGUGCAGGCUCCUAAUCCGUGCGGAGCUGAGCAUGCCACCCACGCCUUCUCGGCAAAGCUACUCAGAGUAUAGCUCACGUACAAGCAGAAUGGUCACUGGCUGCACCAUCAGUUCACCCAGGUGAGAGACCUGCUUCAUCCUCCAAUGAUUCAAAAUCACAAAGCCCUUCUUUUCUCUCCCUUGUCCUACACACGUCCAUCAACAGACUCCUUGUGGGAAACCUGGAAGCAAUCUGAACACUAAAGCACAAGACCACUGAGGCAGACCAGCCACUCCAUGCAGCAAUGGCCUUCGCACACCAGAUGGGGAAACUCUAGGGCAGAAAGGCCUCUCUUCUACACACCUUUCCAUUCAUCAAAGGACUGGGCCCCUUGGGGCUGCCGACCUGCAUUCACACCCCUCCAGGAGUCUGGCUGAGAGCCAACUUUCCGUCAGACUUCUAAUGGUGAGACAGAUCUGGGAUCUGUGCCAGAAAAGACGCAAAGAAACCAGCACAGGCCCCUCUGUCAGCCUGACUGUCCCAGGAGAACACACCACUCGAGACUUUUCUGGUUCUGAAAUUAAAGUGUUUUCGUUGUGGACUGUGUUGCUAUUAGCCUUAGCUUCAGGGCCUUACAAGUCUUGUUUAUUCUCUAAUUGGUACUUAGGUAUACUACACAGUUGAUUUUUCACCAAAUUAAUUUCAGGUUCUCUGUAUCUCCUAUAUUACAUAAGACAAGGGAAAGAAAUAGACAACUCCACCUUAUAGCGUAAAAAAUAAACACCUGGUGGCUUGACUCUAA